GCGGUCACACUGUUAGUACGUCAUUUUUAGAAACGCCGCGAAUUUUUACCAUUGAAAUUUUGCACUGGAAUUUCGCAAGGCGCACAAAGGAAACAAGCAGCAAAUAUGUCGGGCACUUCGCAAAAAUACAGGAACUUUGUGGCGGAGCCAAUGGGCAACAAGUCGGUGACAGAAUUGGCCGGAAUCGGCGAAACCCUCGGCGGACGCUUGGCGGAAGCUGGAUUCGACAAGGCCUACACAGUCUUGGGCCAGUUCCUGGUACUGAAGAAGGACGAGGAACUGUUCAAGGACUGGAUGAAGGAGGUGUGCCACGCGAGCUCCAAGCAGGCGUCCGAUUGCUACAACUGCCUCAACGACUGGUGCGAAGAGUUCUUGUAAGGGAUGUGACCCCAAGAUUCAAAUGUUUCGAUCAAAAGGCAUAAAGGCACUGGCAAAUGAUUUAUAAUACCCGCCAAACAAUCUGGCCCAGUCGUAGCUAAGCAUUUGUCGUGUUCAUGUUCGUAUCACUGUUAGUUUGUAGUUAAGAUGUAAUUUAAUGUCUAACCGGAAUAAAUGUACAGUCAUGGAAACCAUCCAACGAA